AUGGCUUCAAGUUCUCGUCAACAGGAGUUGGCGAAGCAACCUUCUGGACCAGAUGGCCAGCGGCGUGGAGCUACACAAUCAGCUUCACGCAGUAUAGUUCCAGCUCCAAUAAUAGGGACGGGUCCCUUCAAGACACCAACAAAGUCACCCCGCAGCACGCGUAAAUACGCCAAAGACAUGGAUAAAACACCGACUCCCCAGCUCCGCCAUAACCCGUGGGAGUCAUGGAGUGGUAGCCUCGAGUUCGCUAUCAACUCAGGCCCGUGGAACAGUCUUCUUGAUUUAUUUGGAAAAGCUAUCCCUAAGAUGCCUCCGGUUUACUCUUCUACCGCCACCACAAAUCAAAAGAACACUAGCCAGUCAGAAGUGGAUUUACCUAUAAGCAAUCAGCUGAAAUAUCUGGUCUAUGUUCCCUACCUGUUGGAUGCACGCAUAACCGAGGCAUCAGAUCUCCUGUCUGAAGUAAGGCUGGAUUUAACCAAUCAGGACCACUUCUCGCUGGCCACGCACUGCAUUGCGGAAGUAUACCAACCACUUCUCCCUCAGAUAUUGUGGUCAGAAAAUGAUGUGGUCGUUUGGUGCGAUAGCUCAAUCCUUCAUCCAGCGCUCGCAUGCUUGCGUGUCAUCCUCCACAAGAACUCUGGGCAAACGCACAUGGAUCCAGUCAAGCUCCACCACUUUCCUCAAUUCCCAAGCCUCACUAGUGCACCGAGCUUUAGCAUCAUCCCUGACAAACUUGUGCUAAAGGGCGCUAAAGCUACAACGGGACGCGGCAGUACUUCACUUCCAGAUGUUUUGUGUACCGUAGAGAUCAAGACCACUCAUUCGUGGAAAAAGGAUUUGUUUAGCUCAAUCAUGAAGAUGCUGAACGGUAUACCUGAGGCACACCGGUACCAUGUCCAUCGGUUUGUAUGGCCUGAAGAUGUCGAUGUGCGAGAAAAAAGGGACAAGAUCCUCAUUCAGGUCUGGGCACAAAUGGUUGAUAACGAGGUCGACUAUGCUUUGUUGACUUGUUGUCGAGACACCAUGUGCCUGAUCAGAAAAAAUAACACCCUCUAUACGUCCCGGUUGUACACAACGACUCAGCGGCCAGGCUUGGUGGCAUUUUGUGUCUUUGCAAUGGCUGCUAACAUGUUGGAAAAGCCAGUUCUUCCCAAUGAUGGAGAUACCGAAGGGGCUGUCCUUAAGAAUUGGAGUCGUCAUAUGAAGACUUACGCAAAAGAUGAGUACAGAGGAGCUGACACCUGCGGAAACGUUCUCGGAGACCAGGCCCAGAUAGUUGGCGAGACGUGGUCCACGAUUCUCACUGGUGGCACGACGUUUUCGGACAUGAUCAACCCCAAUGUUGCGGUCCAGGUCGGCAACUCGGGCGACAUCUGUGUUAAGGAAUUCACGGAAAUUCUGCUCCCGACUGUUGGCCCAUCGCCCGGUAUUAUCAUGGUGGAGUGGAACGUCCACGAGCCCGAUGGCCAGCAGGGCGCUACGGGCAUGUAG